GAGGAGGCAGCGCGGCGGCGGAGCGGAGCAUGGAGCGCAGCUGCCACCCCUCGCCUGAGCAGGAAGCGGUGGAAGCGUGGCUGGACGAUCACUGCGACUUCACCCGCUCCUACUUUGUCAGGAAAGCCACAAGAGAAAUGGUUAAUGCAUGGUUUGCUGAGAGAGUUCAUACCAUCCCUGUCUGCAAGGAGGGGACCAAGUCUCAGAGUGAAUCUUGUGCUUGUCACCAGCCUGCCUGCCCUGAGACCACCAACUCUGGAACACCAGCAAGGAAAAUCUCUGCUUCAGAAUUUGACAGACCCUUAAGGCCGAUUUUUGUCAAGGACUCAGUAGGAGCAGUAAGCUUCCUCUCUGGCUCUGAAAAGAAGGAACAGAUGCCUCUGCAAUCUCCAAGGACUGGGUCCAGUGCAGGGGAUCGAUGCUCAAGGCUUUUAGAACUUGUGAAAGACAUUUCUAGUCAUUUGGAUGUCACAGCACUUUGCCAUAAAAUUUUCCUACAUAUCCAUGAGCUUAUAGCUGCUGAUCGCUAUUCCCUGUUCUUGGUCUGUGAGGAUAGCUCCAAUGAGAAGUUUCUUGUAAGCAGGCUGUUUGAUGUGGCUGAAGGUUCCACCCUAGAAGAAGCUUCAAAUAACUGCAUUCGCCUGGAGUGGAACAAGGGCAUCGUGGGCCACGUAGCUGCUAUAGGCCAGCCUCUGAACAUCAAGAAUGCAUAUGAGGAUCCAAGAUUCAAUGCAGAAGUUGACCAGAUCACAGGGUAUAAGACUCAGAGUAUUCUCUGUAUGCCAAUAAAGAAUCAUAGGGAAGAGGUUGUUGGUGUGGCUCAAGCAAUUAAUAAGAAAUCUGGAACCGGUGGGACUUUCACGGAACAAGAUGAAAAGGAUUUUGCUGCAUAUUUGGCAUUUUGUGGAAUUGUUCUUCACAAUGCUCAAUUGUAUGAAACAUCUUUGCUUGAAAACAGGCGUAAUCAGGUGCUUCUUGAUCUUGCCAGCCUUAUUUUUGAAGAACAGCAGUCUUUGGAAGUAAUUCUGAAGAAGAUAGCUGCCACCAUAAUAUCCUUCAUGCAGGUGCAGAGGUGUACCAUCUUCAUAGUGGAUGAAGACUGUACUGAUUCAUUUUCUAGUGUGUUUCAUAUGGAAGCUGAGGAAUUAGAUUCAGCAGAAAAUCAGAAAAGGGACUAUGAUACAAACAAAAUCAAUUAUAUGUAUGCUCAGUAUGUCAAGAAUACAAUGGAGCCUCUCAACAUCCCAGAUGUCUGCAAAGACAGAAGAUUUCCCUGGACAACUGACAAUGCAGACAGUGUAAGUCAACAUAUAAAGAGUUUGCUGUGUACACCAAUAAAAAAUGGGAAGAAGAAUAAGGUGAUAGGGGUUUGCCAGCUUGUGAAUAAGAUGGAAGAAAACUCAGGCAAGAUCAAGGCUUUCAACAGAAAUGAUGAGCAGUUUCUGGAAGCAUUUGUCAUCUUUUGUGGCCUGGGGAUCCAGAAUACACAGAUGUAUGAAGCUGUAGAAAGAGCAAUGGCCAAACAGAUGGUGACAUUAGAGGUUCUCUCAUACCAUGCUUCUGCUGCUGAGGAGGAAACAAGGGAGCUGCAGGUAACAGCGGCUGCUGUAGUACCAUCUGCACAAUCUCUCAACCUAACUGACUUCAACUUCAGUGAUUUUGAGCUAUCGGAUUUUGAAACAACACUGUGUACAAUUCGAAUGUUCACAGACCUCAACCUGGUGCAGAACUUCCAAAUGAAACAUGAGGUUCUCUGCAGAUGGAUUUUAAGUGUGAAGAAAAAUUAUCGGAAAAAUGUUGCUUAUCACAAUUGGAGGCAUGCCUUUAAUACAGCACAGUGCAUGUUUGCUGCUUUAAAAUCUGGUAAAAUUCAGAGCAAACUGACUGACUUGGAAACACUGGCUUUGCUGAUAGCAACUCUAAGCCAUGAUUUGGAUCACAGGGGAGUGAACAACUCUUACAUACAAAGAAGUGAACAUCCACUGGCUCAACUGUAUUGCCACUCCAUCAUGGAACAUCACCAUUUUGAUCAAUGCCUGAUGAUCCUGAAUAGUCCAGGAAAUCAGAUUCUCAGCAGCCUUUCCAUUGAAGAAUACAAGGCAACAUUGAAAAUGAUAAAACAAGCCAUUCUUGCAACAGACCUAGCACUAUACAUAAAGAGGAGAGGAGAAUUUUUUGAACUUCUAAGGAAGAAGCAGUUUAAUUGGGAAGAUCCUAUGCAGAAGGAGCUAUUUUUGGCAAUGCUGAUGACUGCUUGUGAUUUAUCAGCUAUAACCAAACCAUGGCCAGUUCAGCAACGGAUUGCCGAGCUUGUAGCUACCGAGUUCUUUGACCAGGGAGAUAAAGAGCGGAAGGAACUCAACAUAGAACCAACGGAUCUAAUGAACAGAGAGAAGAAAAACAAAAUUCCAAGCAUGCAAGUUGGAUUCAUUGAUGCUGUUUGCUUGCAGCUGUAUGAGGCCCUAACACAUGUAUCAGAGGCCUGCUACCCUUUACUGGAUGGCUGUAGAAAAAAUAGGCAGAAAUGGCAAUCCUUAGCUGAACAACAAGAGAAGAAUCUGAUUAAUGGAGAAAGCAAUCAAGCCAAACGGAACUGAGAUGCCAAUUUAAGAACCACAAGCUUAAGUUCACACAGAAGACCUAGUAAUAGGGGAGUACUGCAUUCUACUACACACUGUAUGGAUUUGGAUUAUGUUUUGCCACUGCUGUAUUAUUUUUCCACAUUUCAAUAUAUAGCAUGACUUUGUAUAUGCCAAGGUUAUAUAAAGAUCGUAUAUUUCUUUUAUUACAUCUAAGUGAGAUGGGAAAAGAUCUGCAGAGUAGUUUAUGCUAACCUAUUCCACAAGAAGGUAUGAGUGCAGUUACUCAACUGUCCCUGAGAGCCUAUUAUUUCAUAGAUGUAUAUAGUUGUUCAGUGAUCAUGUUGUGGCCAGUAUCUUAAAGACUACUGCAUUUCGCACCUUUUUUCCUCUUUGAGUCUUGCUGUGUUAGGCUGUAAAAGAAAUACACAGUCUUGCCUGUCCUCUUCCCAGAGGUUUAGAAGAAAGACUGGGACUAACUCUGGGGAGCCUGAUCCAGCAUAUACUAUGCUAACCUCUUCCAGGAAACAGAACUGGGCUUUGAAGUGGACAAGCCCCAGAAUUUGUGUACCCAGUAGCCUUUUCAUAUUAUAAGAAUGUCUUAGCAAAUGUAUUACAUUUUUAAAAACCCUGUGAAUUAGUAGGCAACGGGGGGCUUAGGAGUUUUGUGGUACAGGUGUCAUAAUUAUCCAUGGAUAAUGGAAACUGCUUGAAGACUGAUGAAAUGUCACAACAUAACUGACGGGCUGGCUGCCUUGGAAGAAUGGUUCCUGUCCGAGGCUGCAAGAAGCAGAGAAAUUGAAACAAGAUGUUUCUGUAUGCUCAUUUCAACUUCAUUCUGAAGCUGAAUUUAACACUGUCAUAACAAACAAACUGAAUCACAGGCAGGAAAAGUAGAAGAAAUGUGACUGUAAGAGCAAGGGAUGAAAAUCUGAAUCAGAAUUAUGCAGGAAUGGCAUGCUUUCAGUGACCAUCAGUGGCCAGUGCUAUUAAUGACCAUCAAUAGGCCAGUGUUGUUAUGAAAUGGCUAUGACCACUUUGAAGAAAGCAUUAUGUUAACAUAUUUUAAAAAUCAUCUUUAGCAUUAGUUAAUGUUAAAAAUUAUCUAUCACCAUGUCUUUAAAGGAACACGAAAAAAAGAAUACUGAAAGCAAAAAUAGCCCAGAACACUACAGGGAUUCACCGUUUGUACAUAAGGCAUCAACAUUCAGAAAACUAAGAAUCAAUUGACUUGCACUAGGAAAAGAAGGCAUUGAUAUUUCAUUCAAAUGAAGAUGAUUAAUAAAAAUUAUUUCGAACUCAUCACUGGGAACCAAGAUUAAGAAAUUAAUGUCAGCAAUCUUAGACUGGUUAGUAGUAACUUCAGCUACACGAGAGACAGAAAAUGUUGGGGUUUUUUUUGUUUGUUUUAAAUCUUUAGUAAUGACUCUGUAGUUAAAAUCAACAAAAGUAAUACAUUUGGGAUUGUACUUUCAAGUACAGGAGUUAGUUUGUAUCACAGCAGUCCAGAAAGUUCUAGUUAAAAACUGAAAUGCAUUAUCUUCCCAGAAGAUUAUCAAUCCUACCUGCAGGAGCUGGUCAGAAAGACACUGAAAACGAGCUCUUUCUGUCAGUCUCUGCAUUUAGAUAAGCAAUAUCAGAAAAUAAAAAAAAAAUGAAGAAAAUGCUGGAAAAUGUUCCACAAUACUGUUUUUCAAAGUCACGGGUUUUUUUUAAAAAUGUAGAAGAAGGAAUUCUCACUGUUUGGAGCAUUUCUGCCAACCUGUAUCAUUUGUAACUGAUUAAAUCCUAUCUCAAAUUUCUGUAAUGACUACCAAUAAUAUGUUAUUGCAGCUGAAUUUGAAAAUAUUUUUUCUAUAAAACUAUUUCUCCUGUGAGGUGUGGGGUUUUUUUGUUUGUUUGUUUUUGCCCAGGUUUUCAGCAACAAAAAAAGUAUGGCAUUUAACAAUAAUUAAGAAUUCCAGAGCUAUUGUGAAUAUGUGUGUACUUACCCAUGUGUAUUUAUAUGUAUACAUAGCACGACAUAUGUUUGUAACAGGUCAUAGCUCUGCAGAAAAAUGACAGCAGCCUGCCCCGCCCCAACCUUCCAGCUCAAAAAAAGAAAAAAAAGCUUUUAGGUACUUUUUGAUAAAUAGGAAUUUUGCUUCAGGAUUUGCAUAGUGCUCAUAUAUUCUUGAAUGUCUGAGAUACUAAAAUAUGUCAACUGAUGAAAUACACAUUUAAUAUAAAUACGAACAAAGUGUAUGUAUUUAAAGGUGCGUUAUUGCUGGUAUGGUUGAGAAUGCUAAUUCACGGAGGCAGUACAGCAAAUCAACUAUGGUAAUAUUGCAGUGUAGUGACCUAUCAUUUACAUUAAGAUUCCAGUAAUUAUAGUAAUUAUAUUUCUCUGCUAUACUGUGUGUUCAACAAAACUUUAUUAGGAUAUUAACUUACAAAUAUUAGAAAAGAAUGCUGGAUUCUUACCUUUGACUUGAAAAAAAUGCAUGACAGUUUGCAUUUUUUCAAAGGUUCACUUAAAAUGAACACAGCUAUACAGUAUGUGCAUAUAUGUAAUUACAUAUUUGUACACAUUUAUCACACAGAAUCUCUUUCACUACCAAGAUUCACCUAUAGAAAUAUAGUUCCUAGUGAAUAAACUAUUUCAAUGUCACAAUAUACCUGUAUCUGUAUAUAUUUCUACAUUAAAAAAAUGCCAUUAAACUACUGGUUUAAGAAUUUUAAAAGCAUAUUUUACUGUUGUUUCAUGAAAAAUCAGUGUUUCACUCUCCCUGAAGGCAAAGGGUGCCAGUUUCGUUUCAUAGCUCUGUGUGGACUGCUUGUAGAAAAUUUAUUUUAUUUCAUAAUGAAGAUAGAUGAAAAUAUGAAAAAAAAAGGCUGUUUUUGACUGAAAUUCAUUGCCUUCCACAAUUCAACAUUUUAAUACUCAGACAUUUCAUAGAUUACAGUCAUGCUGCUGUUAAAUUACAUCAUGGAUUAUGUAUCUAAUUAUAUUAGUCAGGUCUCAACCGUAUUCUGCUCUAUCUUAGAUUGUCUAGCUAAGGAAAUCAAGUGGAAGAUGCAAGAUACUGCAAGAUACAAGCAGAAACUGAGUGUAUCACUUUGUCAUUUCAGCUUUAGGUCUGUUAAAGCCAUUGUGAAAUUUGAGAUUUAAGUUUCUGGGUACAGAAUUUGUCCCAUAAAUUUUUAGUACUUGUCUCAAUAAAAACAUCUGACAAUCCUACUUGUUCUCAGACACGCACAUAUUUUCUUUUGAAGUCACUCUGCAGCACAGUUUAAUGCUUAAAGUACAGUUUUCUUUCCAUUUUUGUCCCCUUUCUGAAAAAAAUAGCUUGUCACUCAUGUUUAUGUAUAUAGAAAUACUGAUUAACUGUAGCUUUUUUAUUAAAAAGAACAACGAGGCUCUUAAACUGUAGGUGGUACUUUUCUAAGAAGCUAGCCACACAUGCAAUAUUAGCUGUAGAAUAUAGGUAUAUGGGUUUUCUGUAAUCUCAGUCAGUAAGAAAGGAGAGAAAAAGUAACGUUGAUUUUGGCGAUUGUAUUGAUUUUUAAUCAGUAGCAGUUUAAAUCACUCUCAGAUUUGGACAGACUGCGAGUACAAGCGGGCUAGUGAUAAAAGCGAAUCAUCUAUUCCAUUGAUGACCAGCUGAUCUCUCUUUAGAAGAGAGGGCUGAAGUCUGAUACAGGCAUCAUCUUCUGCCAGCUGGGUGCACAAAAAGGUAAGUUUUCAAACUCCAGCCCAAUGCAUUUUAUCUGGUAGUGGUGUGCACUGAUGUUUCAAAACUGUCUGAUUCUUGUAAAUGAUUUUUCAAAAUUACUGGGUAACUGACUGUGCAAUUCAUUAUUCAGAAAAAAUAUGAAAAGCCAGACCUAGCCCCUUAAAAUUACGGGAUGUUCCCUGAGGGAUCUGGUUGAUGCCUCUUGCAGCUAAGCCUGAGAAAAUAGAGUGUAGAUAGAAAAAGCGCCUCGCUGAUAAUUUUUAAAGGUUUUAGAGAUCUAACCUUUCAGGUGAUUUUUUUACAUUAGCUUUAGCUAAAAUUCUUGUCUCUGCAGUGCUGUAGGUUGUUCUUCAUGCCAAAUCACACGCAGUUUACAUUCUACAAGGUUUCAGCUUUAUUUCACAGUCCUCUGCUCUGCUUCUUCAGACACUUGCACUAAUUUGAGAGAUAAGCUCGAAUGCUGGAGCUUGAAUAAAAACCUAAGUUUAGCCCGAAGAUAAGAAAUAGUGAGGGCUGGACUAUUUGGACUUUCUUAGGAACAAGAAACAUCAUGGAGUCUGGCCUGGCAACUGGUGACUCUAAAUAUAACAAAUUCUUCUACCUUUGUCAUUGCUAGAUAAUGAAAAUUGCAUGGGAAGUUUUAUUUUCCACAUAAAGAAAUCUGUUUCCAUAGAGAAACUCGUAUCUAAGUACCACUGUUUGUAAAUGUAUGUUUAUGUGACGAUGCUAUGUAAUAGUUUCCGCUAACUUUCACUGCACGAGCUUGUCAUGCUAGGGCCUAAGGUAUGCUCAAAUUCCCAUUUAAAGUCAAUUCCACAAUUCCUGUUUACCUCAGUGGGAGUUCGAUUGAGCUGUAUAGACAGUGAAGGAAUAGGUCAAAUUCACCAUUUCUAGCUAUCAAGAGGGACCAAACUCAUCCUCAGUAACACCUGCCUCACCUGUUCUUUACUGUAUUCAGCUAUUCCUGCUGAUGCUCAAGGUACCUCACAGAUGUCACUGAAGUUAGAAUUUGAGCCCUCUAUGUAUUCACGUGGCAGACACAUGUGUCUCUUGAAGAAUGUAGUGUGAAAUGCACUGUAAAUAGUCUUAAUAUACAUUUCUAUUAUACUUUAAUAAAAAUCUUAAUCACAGUCACUAGCCACCACGUUUUCCGUUUGCAUUCUUUUAUCUUGAAAAUAUUUGAACAAGUAUAUAGUUUCUGGGCGCAGUAUUUUUGUAUUAGGUUAAUUGGGUUACUCUGUAUAUAAUGUUCUGCCUUUAAGUAGAAUUGAAGUCUUCUGAAUGUUAUGGGUUCUCACUUGCUUCUGUCCUAUGGAUACUUAGUAAAAUGAAUUACAUUACUUAGAGAAUUACUCCUACUUUCUGUGCAGUUGAUUUCUUCUUUAUUCUCUUUGUAUUAUGUCAUGCAUUUCAAAAUAAAAAGGACAAUGUCGAUUCAA